UUCGUAGUAUCGUUUUCACCGACGUGAUUUGAGUACGUUUGUUUGGGUAAUUCAGCAACCAGCAAUAUCCAUCAAUAUGUCCGUUAACAUCAGUGGUACCUGGGACAUGGUCAUUAAUGUUAAUUUUGAUGCCUAUAUGGUUUCACUCGGGAUAGACUUUGCAACAAGGAAGGUUGCUGGCUUGCUGAAGACCCAGAAGGUGAUUGAGCAGGAUGGCCAGUUCUUCACCAUGACUACAGUCAGUGCCUUAAGGAACUACAAAUCUUCCUUCAAGAUUGGAGAGGAGUUUGAGGAGGUGACCAAAGGCCUGGACAACAGGAAGUGCCAGUCUCAAGUAAAUUGGAUUGGUGACAAACUAGUCUGUGUGCAGAAGGGGGAGAAGAGAGACCGUGGCUGGACCCACUGGUUGGAGGGAGAUGAGCUCUACUUGGAGCUGUACUGUGAAGGCAAAGUUUGUAAACAGGCUUAUAGGAGGAGUGCUUGAUUUGGCUGCUUAUAUGCUAGUUAGUCUUUUUGGCUUUUAUUUUAUUUGUCUAAAUACCAUUCAAGCAUUUGUUCAGAUUCUGUAUGGAAGAGCCUGGAUUUUGCAGCCUGUGUCCCCAGAUGCUUCAGUUGCUGUUUCUGAUCAACUCCUGCAAAAAAAAAAAAAAAA